AUGUGCGGUGUGACACCAAACACGAUCGCGAUGAUCAGAUGUCUCGCCACCGCCGUCGCCGCCACACGUCUCGGGAACACGGACGGGCGGACGGAGCAAGCAAGCAAGCGCCCAGCGCAUCCGCAACCCGCAACCCGCCGCGCGCCUCGACGCCUCGACGCCGCGCGCCUCGACGCCUCGGCGCACCGAAGCGCCGAAGCAGAAAGCACCGCGCCACCGCGCAUACGUACACGCACCAAACCGACCGAACAGACGAAGUACGAGCGCCCGCCCGAGCGAGCGCCCGCCCGCCCGCCUGCCCGCCCACACCCGCCCGCCCGCUCGACGUACCGCGCCGCCCCGCUCGGGCGUGCCUCGCGCCCCGAAUCAACGCCCACCGACAAGCUCUGCAAGGCACCCCGAUCGUUCGUGCGUCCCUCGGGAGGCCUCGUCGAAGACGCGAGGCAGGCAGGGCCUACAGGUGGCCUACAGGGCCGCUCCUGCAACGCAGCAGCAGCAGCAGCAGCAGCGGCCAUCCACGAGCGCACGCCCGCCCGCCCGCCCGCUCGCCAACUUGCCGGCCCGCGCUGCAACAAGGGCGGGGCACCCGCGCUCGCGAUCCCACGACGCGGCGGGCGCGUCCGACACCGGCGGGCUGUGCGCAGAGGCGAGGCGAGCGGCGCGGCGCGGCGGGCCAGCUCCGCGCGCGGUGCCCCUGCGACCUCGAGCGGGCAGCUUGGCGCGCACUGCACGCGCGCGGAACGUGUACGUGCAUGUGUCCAGGCCGAGCCCGCGCGCGCCCUCAGGCCUCGGGCAGCCCCAGGCGUGCGGAAUGCGAAAAGCGGCGAUUGCGAGGCGGCGCCCUCGACGAGUGACGGAGUGGCUAUGUCUGCGCCCCUGAAGGGAGGGGGAGGGGAGGGGAGGGGGCUUCUCCGCCCCUCGUGUUUCUCCGCGACGAGGUCCCAGGAACGAGAUGCGGAUUGGGGGGCGGGUGGCAGCGACGGGCGGCGGCGUGCAGCGGCGAUCGUGUAGGACCGUCGAGCCGUGAACUGCCGUGAGCAGCCGUGAGCGUCGAUACCCCGAGGCCUGCAGGAAACCUCGAGCGCCGCGCGCGAGCCCGCGAUCAAUAAUCAACGGACGGACGAUUCGCGAUCGGUGAACCGCCCCCUUGUUCACGGCCGGGCACGAUCCGUCCCCGAUCCAUGAUCACGAUGAUCCAUCCGCAAUCCAUCCGCAAUCCAUCCGCCUCCAUCGCCCCCGACCCUGAGCCCAUCGGCGAACGAAGCACGACACAGCGUCACGCCCAUGGCAGUGGGCCCACAAGAUCGGCAUCCCAUCCACCCACGCGUCAUCCGCGCCCCUUGAUCCUCGCGCGACACAGCCGAGAGACGCGCGCUCGCGCUCGAAUCAAGUCGCCGAGCGUCCACGCCCAGCGCCUCGCGCGCGACUUCCGUGCACGCCGUCGCCGUCGCCGCCGGCACAGCGCCGCGCGCAGAGGGGACGCAGACGCCUUUCGCGGCGUCGACUACAUUGACACCCGCGGUGCUCUGCGGCGCGUAUCGCGCCGUUUCGAGAGCGCACCGGUGACACCUGAGGUCCCAGGAGAUCCCACGCCUGCCAACCCUGUGAUGCUCGGUCUGAUGAAGACGUGCUCGCAGGCCCACACAGAACCCCGUGCGCGUAAACGCGCAGCACCGAAUGAAUUCAAAGAGACGCGGAGGUUGAUAGACGACAUCACUCGGCGAAUGGUCGAGCGCCCGAUGGAACAUAUAUGCACAUCGGAGCGCUGAAAUGGGACACGGCGCUCCGAGCGACGGCGGCACACAUCUGGAAUGCGAAAAGAGAUUCGCGUUC